GAGGCGUUGGUUGGAGAGAGUGGAAGGCUGAGGCAACCAGCCUGCCAUGCAAGCAGACCCCCUGACGGCCUCUCUUCAAGAUGAGCAGCUCUUUGAGAAGUUGGCGCAACAACCGGAUGUGCGGAAGCACAUGGCGGACGCUGGCUUCAUCGCGGAGUUGGAGAAGCUCCAAAAGCUUGCCUGUGAGGGCAGUGAGGGCGCAGGGCAGAAGGUGGCGCAAGCAGCACACCGGGACCCUCGCAUCAUGCAGGCGCUCAUGGCCCUGCAGGGCCAAGGCCUGGUGGUGGACGAGUCGGACCUCCGAAAAGCCGAGAGCGUGGGCGACAUGCCGCGCCGGGAGCCGGUGCAACUGGAGCAGAUGCUGCUGGUCAAGGACCUGCAGGAUGCCGAGGAGGCGCGCAGGUGCGGCAACGAGCAUUUCAAGGCUGGGCGGCUGCCGGAGGCGCUGGCGCACUAUGAGAGGGGCCUGGAUCUGCUGAGAGAGCAGAGCGAGGUCCCUGCCAGCAGCGUUGCCGCGCUGCUCAGCAAUGCUGCCCUGUGCCUGCUGAAGCUGAAAUGGCCGGACCGCGCGAAGAAGAAGGCGACGGCGGCAAUUGUCGCCAUCAAGCAGGCAGGCGACACCAGCUUCGACCAGUCCAAGCUGUACUACAGGAGAGCACUGGCCUGUGAAGAGCUGAAAGAAUUCGGAAUGGCUGUGGAGGACAUGUCCCGCGCCUGCCUGCUUGCCAAAGACUCGGCCAGCUCGGAGCAGCAUCGCCUCAAAGCGGAGGUGGAGCGCCUGAAGAAGCUGAAGGCUUCGGCCGAGGCGGAGGCGGAGCGCAAGCAGCGCGAGAAGCUGAACGAGAAGGCAGCAGAGCAGCAGAGGCUACAAGGUGCUCAAGUUAAAGGAGGGAUCAGCGCCCAGGUCAGCAGCGAAUACCUGGCAGAGCAGGACUUUUCUCACUGGGCCCAGGGCCGCGUGCGCGAUGCGGUGAUCGGGGUCACUCACACUGCUCAGAGCGGAGCCACACUUGAAAUCGUGAAACUCGCGGAGCAGUCCAAGGUCAGCGCUUCCAUCACCCAUAAGAAGGGCAAGCGGGCGCUGUACUACGAUAUGGAUCUGCACUGCGAAUGGCUGGGCAAGUCUGCAGGGAACGAGCUGAGCGGUCUGAUCCGAGUCUACAAUAUCGCCCAUGACACCAAGUUCGAGCUGGGCGGCGAUGAGAACACCUCCUACAUGUACCAGCUUGGCUGGGACCGGCGGAAGACGGGCAGUUGGACAGAGGAGCUGACCACGGAGGCCGCGGAGCUCUUUGAUCUCGUGGCGCUGAAGGUGGAUGGAGUCAUCAAAGACCUGCGGAAGAAGUAGCGAUCCAGAA